CUUAAAUCUGAUUCCGAGAUUUUGUUUUCCGAUGCAUUUCAGUCUGAGAAGAAAGCUUGGAAGCUCUCUAUCUCGCUCAAGUUGAGGAGAAGCAAGCGUGGAAGCUCUCUCUCUCUCUCACUCUCGCUGGCUCAUAUAAAAUGUUGCUCAAGCUAUUUCAACAAUCCAGGUUCUUCAAAUCCAUUAGCGGAUUGGGAAACGUAGCGUCUCCAUCUCAUGGAUUUGUUGGAACCAGAGCAUCACGUCCUCCAGCUGUAUUUGGUACUCACUAUCUUCGUCUUUUAGCUACGGAUUCAUCUCCUCCAAACGAUACUAUUGGGCCUCAAUAUGGUGAUCCGGUCAGACUACCUGGUUACCCACAGUUAGUAGAUUUUAGCACUGCCAAAACUCAAGUUUGGUGGGACACCGAGAACUCUCCAGUUCCAAGAGGCUUCGAUGCCUACAGAAUUGGAGGGAACAUUAGAAACGCGCUCAACGAGAAUGGCUAUCGCGGGCCUAUUUCUAUACGUGCUUUCGGCAACAUGAGACUCAUACCUACCCCGAUCCAGCUGGCCCUCACUUCCACUGGUAUCGAUCUAUACCACGUUCCAGGAAAUAAAGUUGGUUCGCGUAAAACGAUAAAAGAUGCCAGUGACUUUAAAAUUAUCGGCCAUGUUUUAACUUGGAUUGCGCUCAAUCAUCCCCAACCUUCCAACUUGAUGGUAAUAACGGGCGAUCGUGAUUACUCCGUCGCUCUUCAUCAACUGAGAUGCCGCUCAUUCAACAUACUGCUGGCUUGUCCCGAAAGUUCUACUUCCACUGCCCUCCUUCGCGCAGCUACAUCGGUUUGGAAGUGGAACUCGUUGAUUUUGGGACAGAAACCUUUGGCUGAGAACGAGAUUGAAGAUCUCAUAGCUGCCGGUUUGAAGAAAUAAAACUAUUUUUUGGUAAGUUGAAGAAAUAAAACUCUAGCCUAUAUGUUUAUGUCGUUUUCAUAAAUAAACUUAAUUUUAUUGUUGUUUGUUUUGUGUUUUUUUCUAAUUUGUGUUAAAACUUGAAAAAUGGUAUAAAUGCUUAACAUUUUAGUUUAUUUAAUUUAUUUUU